GUUUUUCAUGAGCCGCAUGCCAUCCAUGUCUUGGACCUUUAAGUUCACCUCCACCUCAUCCACAAUGGACAUCUUCUGCGUGUACAAGUAUCUAGUGGUUUUCUAGAAGGCUUGUUCCAUCACAUCAAUCUAGAUACUCUGCACAUGUGUAGUCAGGCUCGGAUAGGCAUGAACGACACUCACUCCCCUCCACAUCUCCACCUACACACCUCGUAGGUCAGAGAAGAGAAGACCCCGCUACAGACUCACCAAACUCUCAAGGUAGGCAGACCGAACGGAUGAAUUGUGUGUGUAUUUGUGGCCUUGAGCUGGUGACAUCCCAGCCAUGCCCGAUGUAGUACAAAACGGAUGGCAAUGUUGAGUUCUGUUUCAAGGAGGCAACCGGGAGUUAAAUACAUUAGGAUCAUGUCAAGCAAAGCAGAAGAAAAGGAACUCAUCGCAGAGCGUUUGCCCAUCUCCCCACCUUCCCGUUCACCUGGGUCUUGGUGGCUUUGGCUCUAGGCUUGAGGUGGAGAAGAAGGAAGGCGCGAUGGAUGGAAGCUUUGAAUGGUUUUCCAGUUUGUGCUCCUGCCAAUCCUAAAGGUGAGUCUGCCUGGCUCCGGAAUCUAUGGCUGUCUCCGCCGAAAUCGUCAGCGACUUGACUGCUUCCGUCAUAAUCCAUAAUAAUAAAAAAGCCGAGCAAGCUCGCUAGCGUUGUUUCUGUAAUCUGGAUGCCAUCUUCAGGCCUCUUCCUUCAUCGCUAUUCGACAACAUGAGCACCAUACCCCCAUCAAAGCCACCCCCGGGCUUCUCAGGCCGACCACAACAACGGCAGAGCCCCCCUUAUGGUGAUAAUGAUGAUGAGGGAAAGGGGAAGCAGAGAGUGUUGCCUCGUAACCUCGCGCUGUCAAACUACGAUCCCCAGGCCGUGCCCGUACGUCCGCACGAUAUGAGCAUCCCACUCUCAAGCCUCACAGCCUACCAGCUCAGACCUCCAGCUCGACUCUCCCGCGCCUGGAGGCCAAACUGCCACCAUUCCGUCAUGUCAACACUGUACCAGGUCAACGAGCGAUUCAAGUGUGAUAGCUGCAAGAGGUCUCACCCAUUUGGGUGGCUGUAUCGCUGUGUCAUGGACCGAGAACCUCUGAUUAUUGGGAUAAAAGAACUCGGUUUUCAGAUUGCCUUUGAUCAACUGGGCCACAACUUUUCCCAGCAAAUGACACUCGGCAAACACGGCGCAGACGCACGAAGCGAAAAGUACAGCUUCUUGGACGAAAUAUCACAGGAGCAACUCUGGAACUACACUCCAGAAGAGUUGAAGGAGAUUCUCGCCCAACGCGACCACGUCCUGGACGUGAUAACUGACGAGCGUCUUCGGGACCAGGACUUCAACAAUCAGUACGGGUUCAAAUACCCCGAUGACGACCGUCCUUGGAUGCCGGACCCCAAGUAUGAGUGUCAGCACAAAGUCUGUCACAGAUGCCACCCUAUCGGUAGACAAAAGUCCUGGGUUAGUCUGGAUGGUGUUUUGAACGGAGAUAUACCUCCCACUAUAGCCACUGGGUAUUCGUUCAGCCAAGUGAAAAUGAGGCCAUGUGUCGAUGUGGAGACUGUAAAGAACUUGGGAUGUCGGCCUGUUCCACUGGUAAGUCCAUUCUCUUAUUAUCCCAUGUACCCUGAGAUUCCACUGACGUAUUCCCAUGAACCAGCCCCGUGGCCACAAAGCCCGUGCCCCUGUCGCUUCUUCUUCUUCUUCGGUCUCACCCAACGAGAUCAUUGAUGACCACGUCAUGACGGAAUCGACAGGCAUGGUUUACGAUCAGGAUACUGGGGAUCCGAUUGCCUCCAUCUCGACUUUUGGCCCUCCGGUACUAGCCUCGCCACCAACGACAGCCGAGCCAGUCUUCUCCGUCGACUUGGAUGGCCUAUGGACUCGUAUCACGGCCCCGGGCUACACCACUUCCGUUAAGGAUGACGAUAACGAAUCCGAGACUGAUCUGUCCUCAUCCUUUGAACACGCCGAGCACAACAAAAUAGAUGCGGAAGAGGCCAAUGGGAUGGACAUCUUUGGAUCUGAACCUUUGGAGGUUAUCGAGGGGGUGGCCUUGACCGAGGAGGCUGUUGAGUUCGGGACUGCAGAUAUUGUUGUCACAACGACAGCUAAUGGUGCUGCAGAAACUACAGGGCUGACAACCCCGACUCUGGGGGUACCCCCGGGUUUGAGCCCCAUUUCAGGAAUGUCCAACGAGCAGUAAUGGGGGAGGUAUUCACAGCUGAAUAUCUCACGUUGUAGGAGCAGAAGCAGUAGAGCGAGUGGAACAGCUAGUGGGCUGAACUAGCUGUGUUGCAUGCAUAAAGGUUAUGUCAUUUCUUUUUCUCAAAUGGCAAUUUGUUCACCCCUUGUCAUGUUGGGUUAUAGGGGCCGGAUCUUUCAGCGUAUGGGGGAUACCCUUUUUACAGCGUUGUAUUUCUCGCUUUUGGGUGGCUAUUUGCUAUGAAUGAUUAGGCAGAGCCCCUUGCUUGUUUUUUAAGAUGACAGACAACAAUCGAUAAUGCAAUAUGCCAC